UCAAACGUUUGGGAAGCAUUUGGCGGAUGAAGUGCUUUCUGUCUAGUGAGGGUCCCAGGAUGUCUAGCUUCUGAUACUAAGGAGCCCUUUCAGAUCCAGGGACUGAAGGGUUAUUACUGUGGUGCUAGAGCUAUGCAGCUGGAGCAUUGUCUUUCUCCCUCUAUCAUGCUCUCCAAGAAAUUUCUCAAUGUGAGCAGCAGUUACCCACAUGCAGGCGGAUCUGAGCUUGCCUUGCAUGAUCAUCCUAUUAUCUCGACCACUGACAACCUGGAGAGAAGUUCACCUUUGAAAAAAAUUACCAGGGGGAUGACGAAUCAGUCAGAUACAGACAAUUUUCCUGACUCCAAGGACACACCAGGGGACGUCCAGAGAAAUAAACUCUCUCCCGUCUUGGACGGGGUCUCUGAGCUUCGUCACAGUUUCGAUGGAUCUGCUGCAGAUCGCUAUCUGCUCUCUCAGUCCAGCCAGCCCCAGUCUGCUGCCUCUGCUCCUAGUACCAUGUUCCCUUACCCCAGCCAGCAUGGACCUGCUCACCCAGCUUUCUCCAUCGCCAGCCCCAGCCGCUACAUGGCUCACCAUCCUGUGAUCACCAACGGAGCUUAUAACAGCCUCCUGUCCAACUCUUCUCCACAAGGCUACCCCGCGGCGGGCUAUCCUUACCCCCAGCAGUAUGGCCAUUCCUACCAAGGGGCACCUUUCUACCAGUUCUCCUCCACCCAGCCGGGGCUAGUUCCCGGAAAGGCUCAGGUCUACCUGUGCAACAGGCCACUCUGGCUGAAAUUUCACCGGCACCAGACGGAGAUGAUCAUCACGAAGCAGGGGAGGCGCAUGUUCCCUUUCCUAAGUUUUAAUAUUUCUGGUCUCGACCCCACGGCUCACUACAAUAUUUUUGUGGAUGUAAUUUUGGCGGAUCCCAACCACUGGAGAUUUCAGGGAGGCAAAUGGGUUCCUUGCGGCAAGGCGGACACCAAUGUACAAGGAAACCGGGUGUACAUGCACCCCGACUCUCCCAACACGGGAGCCCACUGGAUGCGCCAGGAAAUCUCCUUUGGGAAACUAAAACUUACAAAUAAUAAAGGAGCAUCGAACAACAACGGGCAGAUGGUGGUUUUGCAGUCCCUCCACAAGUACCAGCCCCGCUUGCAUGUGGUGGAGGUGAACGAAGACGGCACGGAGGAUACCAACCAGCCGGGCAGAGUGCAGACCUUCACCUUUCCCGAGACCCAGUUCAUAGCAGUCACCGCCUACCAAAACACUGAUAUCACACAGCUGAAAAUAGAUCACAACCCUUUCGCAAAAGGCUUCCGCGACAAUUAUGACACGAUCUACACGGGUUGCGACAUGGAUCGGCUGACGCCUUCCCCCAACGACUCGCCCCGCUCGCAGAUCGUGCCCGGGGCCCGCUACGCCAUGGCCGGCUCCUUCCUUCAAGACCAGUUUGUGAGUAACUACGCCAAGUCCCGCUUCCACCCCGGGGCAGGAGCCGGCCCGGGGCCCGGCGCCGACCGCAGCGUGCCCCACACCAACGGGCUGCUCUCCCCACAGCAAGCCGAGGACCCGGGGGCCCCCUCGCCGCAACGCUGGUUCGUCGCCCCCGCCAACAACCGCCUCGAUUUCGCCGCUUCCGCCUACGACACGGCUACCGACUUCGCCGGCAAUGCUGCCACGCUGCUUUCCUACGCGGCCGCCGGCGUCAAGGCGUUGCCACUGCAGGCGGCAGGCUGCGCCGGGCGGCCGCUAGGCUACUACGCUGACCCCUCGGGCUGGGGGGCCCGCAGCCCUCCGCAGUACUGCAGCAAAUCGGGCUCCGUGCUCUCUUGCUGGCCCAACAGCGCGGCGGCGGCGCGCAUGGCCGCUGGCAACCCCUACCUGGGGGAAGAAGCAGAGAGCCUGGCCCCCGAGCGGUCCCCCUUGCCGGGAGCCGAGGACUCCAAGCCCAAAGAUUUGUCCGACUCCAGCUGGAUCGAGACGCCGUCGUCCAUUAAGUCCAUCGACUCCACCGAUUCUGGGAUUUACGAGCAGGCUAAAAGGAGGCGGAUCUCUCCCUCGGACACCCCGGUGUCCGAGAGCUCCUCGCCCCUCAAGAGCGAGGUGCUCACCCAGCGGGACUGCGAAAAGACCUGCGCCAAGGACAUCGGCUACUACGGCUUCUAUUCUCACAGCUAGGCGCGGCCCGCCCGGCACCGCCGUCCUUUUGCACAAUAACUCCUCCGCGUUAGCGCACUGACCCCCGCCCCUAGCUGUCCCAUCCGUAGUCCCGGCCCCGGCUCCGGCCCCGUGGGGCCCGGCGGGCAAGCAGGGAGGGAGUUAGAGCCGCGGCUGCCGCCACGGCCCCCCGCUCCGCUCCCCGAGGGCGCGCCGAGGUCGCGGGGGGCACGGCCGCUCCGAAACCCACUGAUAAGUAGGAUGCUUAGACUAUUAAACCGUACAGCGCUUCCUUCCUUUUACUACGGAUGGUUACUAGGGGAUAGCAGUGGGGGAAAAAGAGCCUGUGAAAUGCCUGUACAUAGUAUUUAAUUUAUUGUAACCGGUUACUUUUCUUUGGUUCUGUUUCUUUAUUAUUUGUUUGGAUUUUUUUUUUUUUGGUUUUGUUUCAUUGUUAAGUCACAAAACUUAGAUCCUGUUUAAAUUUCUUUAUGCCCUUCCCUACAUCUCCCUCGCUCCUUAUUUUCCCUGCUCCUCCCCAGGUAAACACUCUUAAUAAAUGCCUCUGGAGAUGCAGAGUGGUCCAUAGCUCUAGCAGCGAGUAAUGGGUUUCUCACUUUCUCUGCAAUUCCUGGUAUGAAAUAAUUAUGCCAUGCCCUGGGCUAACACAGCUAAGGCAAAGCUCAGCUUUCCCUUCAAAAGAACAGAAAUACAUCUCAUAGGAAAGUCGAUUAAAGUAGCAUGACGCCUUCCAAAAGCAAAAUUGACUGCCUCUGUAUUUUUCUUUAAACGAACUAGUUCGACAUCAGCAGUAUUAUUUUUAUGGUAUUCCCCCCAACACUCCCUCCCC